AACGUUCGUUCCUAAUUAGAGAGAACGAUCAUCGGAGAUUACACCGGUCGCUGCAAUGGCACUACGAUAAAGAUCCCGAGGUACCCAUCAGUCCUUAUCCAGGCACGCAUGCACCUUCGCUAUAUUCGGCCUCAUCUGUAUACUCCGGUGAAAAUUCCACAGUCUGCCAGGAUUCCGACACGGAGACUCAAGGCAAGAAGAGCUCUUCCGUCUCUGAUCCCGAUCAUUUUGAUACUGGCGAUGUCAACAACUUUCUCGUCCCCCGUGCCGACAAGUCAAGGAGGUCGGAGACACCGUCUUCCGUGGCUUCACGGACUUCGAGGGCUUCGAAAUCGACAAACCCAUGGGAUUGAGGACAUACGCGGAGAUGUGUGUUGGGCGCCUUUGCCGUAUUGGAUCCAUACCAAAUCUAACAAUCUAUGAGUGACAUUGGUGCAUAACUCACGCGUGCAAAGACCAAACACACUCUUUAUGUUCAAGGAAACUAUGUUUGACUUCAGCCGUCCAAAAAGUGCCGUGCUGUUUCUGUGUACCUGGAGGUCGAAGAGGGAAGGCUCCACC